AUUCUGAAGCCAACAGCCAAGGUCCAGCCUAGGAAGGAGUAUUUUCCUGAGGCUGAGAAAGAGUUCUGCCAGUUGGGACCUGACUCCUUUCAGAGACCUUCAAUGCCUCCGCUGAGUUUCAUCAACAGCUAUUCUGAAUUCUGAAUACUCAAGAGGGAUUUGGUCAUCCCUGUGAAUUAGGAAUAUCACUUUAGUAGCUACGUGGAGCAGAAAUAAGAGAAAAGAAAAGCUGGAUUCAGGAAGACCAAAUGGAAGCAUUAUAAUAGUUCAGGAUUAAUCACCACCUGACUCCUUUGAUGUGACACCCAUUGCCCGUGGACAUUUGGAGGAGCCAGGAACUGCCUAUAAAAGGCCAGGGCAAGGAGGAAGCUGUACAGAAUCAUCUUACUCCUCAGGAACUGACCAAGUAGAACCAUGCUGGGAGGUUUUGGAAGGCUCGCUGCCGAGGGUCUGGCCCAUCGGGCUGAGAAUGCUACUGAAGGGGCAGUCCACGCAGCUGAAGAAAUAGUCAAGGAAGUGGUGAAGGAAGUGGUGGAACAUGCCAAGGAAGCUGGUGAGAAAGUCAUUGGAAAUGUGAUCAAAGCUGCAAAGGAAACUGAAGAAAAAGCUAUGAAGGAAGUGACCAACACAGUGUCCAACACAAUAAUGCAUGCUGCCGAGGGACUGAACAAUAUAGGACACUGAUCAGCACCACUACCCUAGUCUGGGCACAAUAAAAACCCAUGUGACUUCCA